CAGAGCCGUCCCCGCCGCCCCCGGCGCGCCGUCUAGAGGGAGCGGCCCCGCCGCGGACCCCGGCCCCGCCGCAGGACGCCGCCGGCCAUGCAGUAGCCGCCCGCCCCGCCGCGGACAUGGCCGGCCCGCGCCUGCCCCUGCUGCUGCUGCUGCUGCUGCUGCUGCCCGCGCGUCCGCGCGCCCUGCUUCCGCGGUUCAAAGAAACCACCAGACCAUUUUCCAAUGAAUGUCUUGGCACCACCAGGCCAGUCAUUCCUAUUGAUUCAUCAGAUUUUGCGUUGGAUAUCCGCAUGCCUGGAAUCACACCUAAACAGUCUGAUACAUACUUCUGCAUGUCAAUGCGUUUGCCAACGGAGGAGGAAGCCUUCGUGAUUGACUUCAAGCCUCAUGCCAGCAUGGAUACUGUCCACCAUAUGUUACUUUUUGGAUGUGAUAUGCCUUCCUCCACUGGGAGUUACUGGUUUUGUGAUGAAGGAACCUGUGCAGAUAAAGCCAAUAUUCUCUAUGCCUGGGCAAGAAAUGCUCCUCCUACCAGACUCCCAAAAGGUGUUGGCUUUAGAGUUGGAGGAGCAACUGGAAGUAAAUAUUUCGUGCUCCAGGUCCACUAUGGAGAUAUUAGUGCUUUUAGAGAUCAUCACAAAGACUGUUCCGGUGUGUCUUUGCAUCUCACACGCCUGCCACAGCCAUUAAUCGCUGGCAUGUACCUUAUGAUGUCUGUUGACACUGUAAUACCACCAGGAGAGAAAGUGGUGAAUUCUGACAUUUCCUGCCAUUACAAUAAGUAUCCAAUGCAUGUCUUUGCCUACCGAGUUCAUACUCACCGUUUAGGUAAAGUGGUCAGUGGCUAUAGGGUUAGAAAUGGACAGUGGAUACUGAUUGGACGCCAGAGCCCCCAGCUGCCACAGGCCUUCUACCCUGCAGAACACCCAGUAGAUGUUAAUUUUGGGGACAUACUGGCAGCAAGAUGUGUCUUCACGGGUGAAGGAAGGACAGAAGUCACACAUAUUGGCGGCACAUCUAGUGAUGAAAUGUGCAACUUAUAUAUUAUGUAUUACAUGGAAGCCAAGCAUGCUGUUUCUUUCAUGACCUGUACACAGAACACGGCUCCAGAUAUGUUCAGGACCAUACCACCAGAGGCCAAUAUUCCAAUUCCUAUAAGAUCUGAUAUGGUUAUGAUGCAUGGACAUCACAAAGAAACUGAAAAAAAAGACAAGACUUCUUUACUCCAGCAACCGAAACGAGAGGAAGAAGUAUUAGAACAGGGCGAUUUCUAUUCACUGCUUUCCAAGCUGCUAGGAGAAAGGGAAGAUGUUGUUCAUGUCCAUAAAUAUAAUCCUACAGAAAAGGCAGAGGCGGAGGCAGACAUAGUAGCUGAGAUUGCAAACGUAGUCCAGAAGAAGGAUCUUGGUCGAGCUGAUGCCCGAAAAAGUGCAGAGCGGGAGGAGAGGGGCAAUGCGAUUCUGGUUAGAGACAGAAUUCACAGAUUUCACAGACUAGAGUCGACUUUGAGACCAGCAGAGAGCAAAGUUUCCUCCUUGCAGCCCUGGCCUGGGGAAGGCACCUGGGAAGCAGAACACACAGGAGAUUUUCAUGUAGAAGAAGCACUGGAUUGGCCUGGAGUAUACUUGUUACCUGGCCAGGUUUCUGGGGUGGCUCUGGACCCAAAGAAUAACUUGGUGAUUUUCCACAGAGGUGACCAUGUCUGGGAUGUAAAUUCUUUUGACAGCAAGUUUGUUUACCAGCAGAGAGGAAUCGGACCAAUAGAAGAAGACACUAUCCUUGUGAUAGAUCCGAAUACUGCAGCAGUUCUUCACUCCAGUGGGAAAAAUCUGUUUUAUUUGCCACAUGGCCUGAGUAUUGAUAAAGACGGGUAUUACUGGGUCACAGACGUGGCCCUGCAUCAGGUCUUCAAGCUGGACCCAAACAGUCAAGGCGGGCCUCUGUUAAUCCUGGGGAGGAGCAUGCAGCCAGGAAAUGAUCAGAAUCACUUCUGUCAACCCACCGACGUGGCUAUAGAUCCAGACACCGGCGCUGUCUAUGUAGCGGAUGGUUACUGCAACAGUCGCAUUGUGCAGUUUUCACCCUAUGGGAAGUUUGUCACACAGUGGGGAGAAGCAUCUUCAGGGAGCCAUCCUGAACCAGGUCAAUUCUACGUCCCUCACAGCUUGGCCCUUGUGGCCCAUUUGGGCCUGUUAUGUGUGGCAGACAGGGAAAAUGGUCGGAUCCAGUGUUUUAAAACCGACACCAAAGAAUUUGUGCGUGAGAUUAAGCACCCAUCAUUUGGAAGAAAUGUAUUUGCAAUUUCAUAUAUACCAGGUUUGCUUUUUGCCGUGAAUGGGAAACCUUACUUUGGGGACCAUGAACCUGUACAAGGAUUUGUGAUGAACUUUUCCAGUGGGGAAAUCGUAGAUGUCUUCAAACCACUGCGCAAGCACUUUGACAUGCCUCACGACAUUGUUGCCUCGGAAGAUGGGACCGUGUAUGUCGGUGACGCUCACACCAACACUGUGUGGAAAUUUACCUCGACUGAAAGAAUGGAACAUCGAUCUGUUAAAAAGGCAGGCAUUGAUGGCCAAGAAAUUAAAGAACCCGAGGCAGUUGUUGAAACCAAAAUGGAGAACAAACCCACCUCCUCAGAAUUGCAGAAGAUGCAAGAAAAACAGAAACUGAUCAAAGAGCCGGGUUCAGGCGUGCCCGUUGUUCUCAUUACAACCCUGCUGGUUAUUCCACUGGUUGUCCUGCUGGCCAUUGCCAUAUUUAUUCGGUGGAAAAAAUCAAGGGCCUAUGGAGCAGAUUCUGGACACAAACUGGAGGCAAAUUCAGCAAGAGUGCUGGGAAGACUCAGAGGAAAAGGAACUGGAGGCUUAAACCUUGGAAACUUCUUUGCCAGCCGGAAAGGUUACAGCCGAAAAGGGUUUGACCGCCUUAGUACAGAGGGAAGUGACCAAGAGAAAGACGAGGAUGAUGGAAGUGAAUCGGAAGAGGAGUACUCGGCCCCUCUGCCGGUGCCCCCAAUGCCCUCCUCCUGAGCACAGCCAGGCUUUGAUUGAAGGGGUGACACCUGCUCCAGCCCAGUUGCCAGAUCCCUCUCCCUCGAGCACGUUUAGCGUUUUGUGUAUUUAAUUGUAAACUGUACUAGUCUAUGUGGGACUGUCCACACUUGACUUUCUUUCCUUUUGCUUUCGUUGGCUUCAGUUUCUAGUUACGGAGUUUCCCAAACAGUCACUGCAGUGUCAUUGUCUUCAUAGGCACAUAGACUAGAGAGACAGUCCUCUUCCAUCACAUACUAAUUUAACGGUGGAAGUUUGCUCGCUGACAUUGCUCGACCUUUCCAGCAGGUGUAAAUAGAAGCCCAUUCUCUGCUUGAACACAGUAUCUACCCAGUAGCACGACCGUUGCCAAUGUCUUUCUUUGGUGCCUUUCCUGGUCAGCAUUCUCAGCCUGUGGCAGUAAAGAGAACCUUUGUGCUACCUGACUACAAAGCUGCUAAAUCUUCUUCUAUUUUUUUAAAAUCACUAACAUUAUAUUGCAAGGAGGGAAAAGAAAACAAAGUCUCUAUUUCAAUUUUUCUUUGAAUUUCCUUCUUCCGUUGGUGUGUUGGGGGGUGGGAGUGUCUUAUUUUUAGAUGGUUACACUGUUAGAACACUAUUUUCAGAAUCUGAAUGUAAUUUGUGUAAUAAAGUGUUUUCAGAGCAUUA